AUGAGUAACAAGAUGUAUACUGGAAGUUACAAUGGUAGAGGACAAUCUAAUGUCAGUUCAAAUAACUCAAAUGGAAGUCUUAAGCGUAGAAACACAACUGGUAAAUCUGCAGCCCGGUGUGAUUAUUGCAAAUACAAAGGCCACACCAGGGAAAAUUGCUUCAAGCUUCAUGAUUAUCCAUCUGAUUUCAAGAACAAGAGAAGAGGUGGAGCUCCACAUGCUCAAGCCAAUAAUGUUGUUAAUUCUAGUUGUUCAGAGCCACAAGUACAGGGAGAGCAGGUGACAACUACUCCAGCUCCAGCUCAUUUCUUCACUCAGGAACAGUACCAGCAAAUCCUGCACCUGUUGAACAAGGACAAGGAGGUUGAAUCUGCACCCAAUGUUGUUGCUGCAGGGCCAACAGGUACUGCACAUGCUUUUAUGACUAAUCUAGUUCAUAAUAACUGGAUAAUAGACACAGGUGCCACAAACCAUAUGGUUCACAGCUUGAAUUUGCUAGAGACUUAUGAUGAAAUACCUGAGAAUGCUAGGAGUAAGGUUCAUUUACCAACUGAAGAACAUGUGUCUAUCACUCAUGUAGGUAUCUAUUCUUUCUUCAAGAAUAAGAAGGUUCAGAAUAUCCUUCACAUUCCAGAGUUUAAGUACAACCUCCUCUCAGUAUCAAAACUCACAAAGGAACUGAGGUGUCUUGCAGCAUUUUACCCUGACUUUUAUGUCUUUCAGGAACUCUCAAGUGGGAAGGUCUUGGGGAUUGGUAAGGAAGAGUUUGGUUUGUAUAUCCUCAAGGCAGCAAGUGCUCAAUCAACAAGCUUCCUCUUCACUAGUAUCUCUUUCUACUUACUGUUAGGUCAUGAUCCCUUGAAGGUUUUGAGGUCUGUGAAAUCUUUGCAUGACAUGCAUUUUAAACAACAUCACUGGACUGUGUGUCCUGUUGCCAAGCAAUCAAGACUACCAUUUCUUGUUAGCUCCUCUUACUUUAAAUCUGCUUUUGAUAUGGUUCAUGGUGAUGUUUGGGGGCCUUAUAGAAAUGGAACUGUUGAAAGAAAACACAGGUCAAUCUUGGAUAUGGCCAGAGCUCUCAGAUUCCAAGCUCACUUGCCUCCCAGGUUCUGGGGAGAGUGUGUCUCUACUGUAGUUUACCUCCUAAAUAGAUUGCCUAGUACUGUGCUACAAGGGAAAUCUCCCUUUGACAAACUCUUCCAAAGGAGCCCUUCCUUACAACAUCUGAGGGUCUUUGGAAGUUUGUGUUAUGCUACUCAGGUGAGAAAAGGUGAUAUAUUCUGUCCCAGAGCAAUUCCUGUUGUGCACAUGAGCUACUCUUCUUCACAAAAGGGUUACAUCCUCUAUGAUCCGUGCUCCAAAAGGUUUUUUGUUAGUAGGGAAAUUGUCUUCAAGGAAGAAGUGUUCCCAUUCAAGCGCAUGUCCUCAGGUGCAUCACCUCUGUUUCCUGUGCUGGAGCUUGUGGAACAACCUACUCAGUCAUCAGUUGUUCCUAAUGCUACUCCCUCACCAGCAGGAUCUCAUAUUCUCAACAAUGCUGAUGCUGAUGCUCCCAGUUCUACAUCUCUCUCUCCUUUGCCCUCACCAGUGCCUUCUCCUACCUCAGCUUGUGAAUCCUCUGAUCCUUCUGUACCACUCAGGAAGUCUUCAAGAUUAACUAAACCACCUGUGUGGCUAGCUGACUAUGUAGUUCCAUCAAAGAAUUCAGUCUGCUCCUAUCCUAUGAUCAAUAAUGUGGCAUAUGAUAAACUGUCACCUAGUUACAGAUCUUCUUUGACUGGUUUCUCAGCCAUUGUGGAGCCUAAGUCCUUUGCUGAAGCUAGUCAAGACCCAAGUGGAUUGAGGCUAUGA